AGACUCGCAGAGACGACUUGGCCGCAUGAAACGCAGAUAUCCUUAUCCAAUCACACACUUCGCACUCUCUUCUCACAAUUAACACCAAGCCACCGCAAGUUAUUUCAAUCCCUGAAAGGAGGAGAACGCCAUGGCAGCAUCCGCAACAGCAGUAACGGUUUCGUUUGGGUGUACUUCCUUCUCGAAGAGACCACCUUCUCUUAAAACCAGAGCGUUUACGGAGCUAGGCUUUGUUACUUCGCAAUUGAGUGGAAUUAAAAUUUCCUGCGACCCGUCAGUCUUGGAAACAACUCUCUCUGCUCCUUUCAAGCCAGCUCUUCAGCCUGUUGCCCGUAGAAUAUGUCCUUUCACUGGGAAGAAGGCUAACAGGGCAAACAAAGUUUCCUUUUCAAACCACAAGACGAAGAGGUUGCAGUUUGUGAACCUGCAAUACAAAAGGCUUUGGUGGGAAGCCGGUAAGCGUUUUGUAAAACUGCGUUUGUCAACCAAGGCUUUGAGAACAAUAGAAAAGAAUGGACUGGAUGCUGUUGCCAAGAAGGCUGGAGUAGAUCUUCGUAAGAAGUAACUAACCAAUACAUCCAUUUCCUCUGUACUUUUGUACCCUACAAUUUCCUGUUUCUUCAUAAUUUUCCUGGUUAUUAUGUUGGAUACUUCAGUUGAAACGAUUACGCUAUUUUUGCAGUACUUUUACAUUCGACACAUUCUGGAUUCAUUUUUCAUAGGCUACUCACCAAAUCUUGGGCCUUUGUUUCUUA